AUGUCGCUCGAUACAGGUGUACUUCCAGGGAUUGAUGUUGCCACGGGUGACGCAGCAGACGGUUCUGCGAACUCGUUCAUCACGGAUACCAACGAGUCCCGGACGCUGGUCAUCCCCAUGGGACAACAGUGGUUCGUGGACCCACCGAGAGACGCGAGGGUCUCGCUGAAAGUGGUCAGCGGUGUUGCAGAGGUGUUUGGCACAGAGUUGGCCAACGACGUGGAGUACACUUUCCAGGAUUGGAAGUUCUCUCUGUUCGCCAUUGAGGAGACGACUCUCACUUGGAGAUGCACUUCGGUGAUCCCAGACCUCGCUGAGUUUGUGACAAACCGUGUUGCUGCUAACUCGACAGCAAAAUACGUCUACAACUUACACUUUGCCCUGGAGAAGCUUAGAAACUCGUCCUUCGAGGGUCCAAAAGUGAUCGUCUUGGGUGAAGCCCAGGUAGGGAAAACCGCAUUGUGCAGAACACUCUGCUCUUACGCAAUCAAGUACAGGGAUUACCAGCCCGUGAUGGUUAACCUAGAUCCUCAGGAACCAAUACUGGCUCCGCCAGGGUGUCUCACUGCGACACCAGUGUCAGAUCUGCUCGACUUGCAGUCACCUCAAUGGGGUCAGACACUGACCAGCGGUGCUACGCAGUUACACGGGAAGCAACCACUGGUGAAGAACUUUGGACUGGAACUCAUUGGAGAGAAUCUAGAACUGUACUUAGAAACCGUUAGACAGUUGAGCAGUGGGGUCAGAGAGAGGACGCAGCAGGACUCCGUGGUUCAGCGGUCAGGGUGGAUUGUGGAUACACCAGCUUCAGCGUUAAAUAACCCGCAGAUCUUACAGGCGGUAAUCAAACAGCUGGGAGUAGACGUCAUAGUCGUGUUGGCCCCAGAAGACGAACACUGGGUCGAAACACUCGACACGCUCUCACAAAUCAUCGAUAGAAACAGCAUCAUACGGAUCCCACCACUCACGGGUGCCGUCCCAGUCGACGACGUGUACAAGAGACUGCUACAAAGAAACGCUAUACGUGAUUAUUUCUACGGGGAUUUGAACACGGUGCUGAGUCCGUACAUGAUCAGCGUCGAUUCUCAAGAUCUAACAGUUUGGAAACCCAGGGGAACAAUGGAUCUCGUGGAACAUCCAGAUGCCUCCAAAUUGGAAUUCAUCCCGGUCCCCGUGGACCAGAGUAAUUUGCAACACGCACUCGUGGUGAUCACCACUGCACCGAGAAGGGCCAGACCGGAGGAGGUCAUGGCGAGUCCCAUAUUGGGAUUCGGCCUCAUCACAGAAGUCAACGAAAGGCGACAGAAAGUGAAGAUCCUGCUUCCAGUACCGGGACAACUCCCCAACAACGCACUGGUCCUUACUGCGCAUAGAUACCUAGAGUAA